CGGCGGUUCUUUUCCGACCAUUCCAGCCCCCAAUAAUAACAAUGUAGCGAUCUCUGAUUGUAGUAGCUGUGUGGUGGCUUAAAGAAGGUGGACCACAGAGUUUUCCUCUUGGAAAUUGGGAACUUGCGAGAUCUGGUCCACCUGUGGUUUAUCGAGACUCCCCAGUGUCCCGUGAAAUAAAGGUGACAGAAACAACGUGAAAUUAUUCCCGUAAAGGUAAUAUCAUCCAAUGGGCAGCUGAAAAAGCAUGGAGCCAUCACGUAGCACUUCGCCUACAGUCCAUAUGGUCGCCGAGGGGGAGAAACUACCCAAUUAUUUGGACAAACAGGCAUCGUUUCACAGAGGUGGCACCAUAGAUGACAUCACUCGUCAAAUUAGCGAGCUUGACAACACAUUGCAUGGCUACAAUGCGCAGUCCCAACUUGUUGUUGAUAAAUAUCUUAAGGAACAAGGGAUUGAAGAGGGAGAUGAAGAUGAAGAGGAGUUUGGCUACGGCAAACUAAAGAUUGAUUACAAGCCCCAUAAACCAAGGACAAAAAGGCUUCUGACAGACAGAGAAACUGAGGUUAAAGAAGUGAAUCGAUUUGCUGGAGUGUAUUCAACCAGGGCAGCCCUACAGCCCUCAUCCCAGAGUCCACUCCAGAAUAUGAAAGAGACAAAGUGGGGAGCUAAAAUCAAGAAAUCAGACAGUAACAAGGGAAUGAAGCCAAUGCUUGUUGAGCUGCAUGUGUUUCCUGGUUAUGAAUCAAAUGAACUCACUCCGCUCCCUCCCCCUCUGCUGGCCAAUGAUAUCCUGAUGACGGUGAUGAAGGCCCAAAAGGAUCUGCACAGAAAGCCAAGUUACAAAAAGUACCUCCACUCACUGCUGCUGUCACACAUGUCACAAGCUGUACUCCAGGACGUGUUCUGGUGGUACUUCCUGGAAAGAUACCAAUCUGACCGGUCUACACAAGAGCUGCUAUUUAACAGGAUUGCGCAUAACUAUGUCAAGUUGCUUUUUAAUGCUCCCAUCACAGAGUACAGGGACGCUUUCUUUAAGCGGUACCCAGACCUCGUGAACCAGGCGGUAUAUUGUACCUUCUGCACGGCGUUCCCCACCUCCUACAAACAGUUCGACGCAAAGUUCAAGGAAGGCCUUGUGCAGCUUGUCUACAUGUGGAUGGUCGGCGUAAAACCUGUGCCGCGGUCAUGGGAGAGAUGGAAGCUGGACGCGCUGGAACCGACAGACAUGCGCAAAGACGAGAAAAUCAAGAAAGACGCAUCUAAAGGCUCUCUUGUUAAUCUCCCGAUCGACCUAACAGAAGAAAACCUCAGUCAAUCAAGCCUAACAAAAGGCGCCAAAAACCUACCAAUCAUCGUAGAGGACCGCGCAAGUGUAAUGAGCAUGCGCAGAGACAUGCGCCGUAAGUCCCUCUUUAGACCUUCCAAAGACAACCUAGCCUCCAGGACCACAAUGCCUAGCGAGAACUCAUUCCUCCAACUGCCUGGCAGCUCGAGCAGGCUGGAGCUGAGGAACCGCUCCUCGUUAGAGCUUAGUCCUUCAUCCGGUCAAGAUACCACAGGGCAGACCACGCCGUCCGUAGUCCAGUCUCGCGUUUCGAUAAGGGAAUCCAAUAUGACGUUUUUGGCAGGAGGGAAUCCCAACAAGAAGAAAAGAGAGUCAUGUCCUGUUGGACGUGGUGCCCAGUUCUCCCGGUCGCUUUUUGACGUCCACGGGCACAGUCCCCUCGUCGAGCAAUUUCUUCAGAUGCAACGGCUCGCUAAGAAUGCUGGGACGGGAGUUCUUGUCCAGCGGACAGAGAUUGAGUCUCUCCCACCUAUCGAUGCCGAGACGUACAAUGAACUCAUCAGAAAGUCCUUCAAACUUACGCGGCAAUUGGGUGCAGAAUUUAGAAAGCUUGACGAGGAAGACCGAAGGAAGCGAUCUCAGUUUGUCAAGAAGGGUAAACAGGGUUACCAUGACUACGUAAGACGGCAGAACGAGCUGCUUGCGCGGCAGAAAGACGUGAAAAAGAUCAGCGACCUACUCGUCCUUGAGCUCAUGAAAGAUGGCGACGAGCAAAGUAGCGGAAAGGCGGCGGCCGCCAUAGCUGACGCCAUGGGGUUCUCGACUGAACCGGACGGCAGCUGACAGCACAUGGAAUGAGAUGGGAAUUAUAAACUGAAAUAGAAUACGCGAUAGAAUCUCAUGUGGAUAUUUAGUAUUAUUUUCUAAUAAAGUUCUGGUAAAGAUG